AUGCUUGAACUCAAUGAUGGUAUGAGCAGCUGUUUCCCUCUGCUGCACCCUUCCUCCCACCAGAUGCAGCUUAAUCAAGCUCUCUGGAAGGAGAACCAGUUGCUUCAAGAGGAGAAUCAGGUCCUCCGGGAAGAGAACAAGGCUUUCCGUGUGGAGAACAAGGUCUUCCACAAAGAUAAUCAAGCCCUACGAGCAGAGAACCAAGCCCUUUCUGAGGAUAACAAGAUCCUCCAGGAGAGAAAAAUGGAUUACUUUGAAGAGAAAAAGAUUCUUGAGAAGCAGGAAAAGGCCCUCCGACAACAGAACAAAGCCCUUUGGGAAGAAAUCAAGGCUCUUCAAAAACAGGAAAUAGCCUUCCAAAUGGAGGAAAAAGCACUUCAGGAAGAGACUGUGGCCCUAUGGGAAGAGAACAAGGCCUUCCAAGCGCAGAUUAAAGCUCUCCAGAAGGAUGAGAUAGCCCUUCAGGAAGAGAAAAAGGCCCUUCAGAAUCUGGGGAAAGCCCUCCAGGAGGAAAAAAUUGCCCUUCGUGAGGAGAACAGGGCCCUCCAUGAAGAGAACAAGGCUCUUCAAAAGGAGAAGAAAGCCCUUGAUGAGGAGAACAAAGCCCUCCUGGAAUGGAACAAGAUCCUUCAUGGAGAGGAAUAA